UAAAAGACAAUUUAUCAUUUAAUAAAAAUAGUUUUAUUUAUACUAAUUCAAAAUUAUUUGGUUGACCGUACUUUCGUAAGACUUACUUUACUUUUUUAUUUGUGGUCCCAAGAUACUACUCUAAAAUAAUUAUUGUAUCUAUAGGUGGAAUAUGGGACCGCGGUCCCGGUCCCUAGAGCCCCACGACCCAAAAGACCAAUGCAACGAAUAAUAUUUAUUUAAAAAAUAUAGAACGAAAAGCACGGAUUCAUUGGUUAUCGAUAACUUUUCGUUAAGAUGUUGGAAUCACUAUUUUUUUGUAGGUUUUUGUACUGAAUUUGUGGCUUGGCGUAGAAGGGGCGCCGAUGUGUUAACGCUCUGGCGUUCAAAAGGUUAAAAAAAAUAUUAGUAAGGUAAGGUAGGUACCUACCUAAAGUAUGAUUAGAUUAGAUCAUAUUAAAAGUAAAUAAAAAAAUAAUUAAAAAUGUUGUUUGACUUACCUGUAUGUAUUCCUUUAAAACCUCAUUGAGAGCCUCGCACACUUCUGGUACGAUAAUAGAUAUCACUUGGUCUGACAACUUGAACACAUUUCCAAGACUUUUAUAACUGCUACCAGUUGCCAAAAAUCUUAACGUUACCGCAAGUCUUUCCGUCACACUUACAGAUUUUCUAAAUGUAGUGUCUCGUUUGCCUAUUUUUGCCCCAAUUAAAUUUUGUAGAUAUUCAAAUUCGGAACUGUUCAUUCUUAUAAAAUCUUUUAAGCAACCGUCAAUACCCAAAUCCUUGAGAUAGUCUGUGGCACUAUAUUUUCCUCUAGCUUUUAGCGUUUGGCGCAUCCAAUAAGAGCGCUUUUUCUUCUUUUUUUAAACAGAAAAUAAAAGCUAUUCCAAUGAGCAAAUCUUCUUCCAUUUUCGUGUAGACGUCCUCGGCCCUCAGAAGGCGAAACCAAACUGCGAGCCAAUACUAGAUGUUAUAAAAUGUUUAAACAUUUUUCAUCAAUGUAGGAGCACUUAUAACAUGUAACAGUUUCUAACAAAGUGCAACAAUUGUUAACAUUUGUUAGUAAAUGUAAAACGGCAAUGUGGGAGCACCAUUUCUAGUAAAGGAUGAAUCCAGUAUCUUUUUUUAUUUUUCUUUUCAUUUCGAUUCAGAUUUGUUUAUAGAUGAAAUUCAAAAACGACCAGCGAUCUGGGAUAUGGAAAGUCCCGAUUAUAAGAAUAAAGUGAUUGAAAAACGUAAUUGGGAGGAGCUUGUAGAAAUAUUUUGUGACGCUGGAGAUAGUUUAGAGAAAAAUAAACUGUUGGGUGAGUGAUUAUUUUAUUGAAUUCUUGUUUACAAUAACGUGUUAGGAAAGUACUUAUAUCAUAUUGUCUUGCCAGUGAAGUUUUCCCUCGUUUACAAAAUAACGGGCAAAUUUGUCUUUAGCAGUCCUAGCAGUCAAACUGCCGCGUGGUAUAUCUUCUGGACUUAUAGAUUGUAAAGGUGAAUGAUAAAGUGUAUCUUCAAAUCUAUAACCGUCGCGUGUACGCACGUAAUUAUGUGGUACGGUGCAUGCUUUGAUGAUAUUUUCCGCGAACUCAAUAUUUACAUCUAUAGGUCUAUGGAAUAUUCGCCAUUUGUUGCUCAAUAUUCCGAAAGUGCAUUCGAUGUAGCGCCUUGCUCUCGAUAAUCGGUAAUUGAAAACUCUUUUUGUGUGUGUGAGUUGUUUUCCACUGUAAGGGCGCAUCACGUUUGACAUGAUUGCAAAGGCUUCAUCGCCUACAAACACGUGAGGCAAUGGUGUUCUAUCGAUAUUUGAUAUUGGCUUCGGGUUGGGAAUAUUUAAUUUACCAUCCAUCAUUCUUUUAUAAAAUUCGGAGUGUUGAAAAAUCGCUGAAUCACUGCUUUUACCAUAAUAUCCGAUAUCAACGUAUAUAAAACAAUAAUUUGCGUCACACACUGCUAGCAAGACCGAAGAGAAAUAAACUUUAUAAUUAAAAUAAAGCGAGCCUGUAUAUUCCGGUUGUAUUAUUUCAAUGUGCUUCCCAUCAAUUGCGCCGAUACAGUUUAGGAAGUUGGCGUAUUUCAUAAAUCCUUUUUCUACGUCUUUCCAUUUUUCGGUAGUCAUUUCAGGCAUGCACAUAGAUUUUAAUUUUCUCCACAGCACUUUGCAAACUUGUUCCACUAUCUGUAUAAUAGUCGAUUUUCCAAGACGAUAUCCAUAGUGUAAUUCUGCGAACGAACAGCCUGUAGCCAAGUAUCUGUCAAAAAUAAAAAUAGCAUUAUAUUAUUUCUUUUCAGGUUCUACACUAACAAGAAAAUGGAAAAGUAUUCGAGACAAUUACAUAAGGGAGUCUAAACGGCAAAAAAAAUCUUCCAUCUGGGUCUGGAUCCUCCAAACAUGUACCAUAUGUAUACUUCGCAAAACUAAAAUUUCUCGAGAGUUCCGUAUUAAAUAAGGAUACAGAGAACAACUUUGAAACUCCUGCCGUAACAAAUUCUGAUUUAAACAAUGCGGAAAAUGAAGACUUAAUACCACCUCCAAAAGAACAAACUGAAGGGACAAGGAAGAAACAAAAAAUAAAUGCAGUGGAUAAACAAAUUGUUGAUAUUUUAGAAAAAAGUUUGCACGCAAGACAACAGCUUCAAACAGCACAACUAACUAAUGAAGAUGAUGAUAAAUUAUUCUCUUUAUCAUUGUACACUGAGCUCAAGAAGGUACCUGAGAAUCGACGGCUGUCAACAAAGAUUGAAUUGCUCAAUGUAAUUCAAAAAGCACAGAAUCCAGCAUUACCACAACAAACAAAUCAGUACCAAUAUCAAUACGCAUAUUCUACACCAUCUUAUUCCGGAUACACUACUGCUAGGUCCUCAACACCAUCACAACAGUGGUCUGCGACACCACCGGCACCGGCACCACCACCGCCAACGUCGACGUGGGUGCCGUCACCUUCAAGCCAAGAUUCGGACAGUCUUCAUUUAUUUGAAUAAAUUUACUUACCUUAAGCCCCGGAUACACUAGGGAACAUUUUGUCCCGCAACAUGACGCGCAACACAAAAUAUACGUGACGCUGCAACGUUGCAUAGUGUCCCGCAACAUGACCCACAACAUUUUACGUGACGCGGGGCAUGUUGCUUGCUCCCGCCUCGAGAGCGAGCGCACGUGUCCCGCGUCAGUGUUGCGCCAUUUGUCACUGAGUGUAGUCGCGUACGCAACGUGCCUUUAAAAUGUCUGUAGUGUGCGGAAAUGAUACCGUGCUUUUGCUUAUAGAGCUUUACGAAAGUCGUGACUUGUUGUGGGAUACUUCACACCGUGACUAUCGAAAUAAAAUAAAGAAAAAUGAUGCAUGGGAGGAUAUUGCCAAGGCGCUUAAAUUGCCUAGAAAAGAAAUAGAAACCAAAGUUCAUACCCUGCCUUCGCAAUUUGUCCGAGAAAGGAAGAAAGUGAAAUCGUCAAAAACUACUGGUAGUGGACGAGAGGACGUGAAGUCCAGUGCAUGGUUUGCGUACGAUGCAAUGAAAUUUUUGCUAAAGGGAGCCACAACUUCUGGAAGCUUGGACACUUUGGACACAAACGUAAGUCAUACUUUAGUUAUUUUGUCAUUUGUAAUCAGUAAUCACGGUCACAUCACCUGCGACAAAUUUAGCGCAAACGGGUUUAUUUUUAUUUAUAAUUUAUUUAUAUUUAUAAUUUAUUGUACGGACACACAAGGAAAGGAAAAGUGACAAAUUAAUACGUACCUAUAUUAUUUACAUAAACUAAGAUUUGUACACACCUCACCCACAAAACUUCACUUCUAAAAGGAUUGACGUUGUUCAGUAACAUUAAAAGAAAAAAUAUCGUACAAUACUAGUUUAUUCAUUUAAAAAUUAUUCUGCCAGGGAACACGUCCUUCUUCACUCAUGAAAUAUUCAGCAAAUUUGUUUCUUAUUUCCAUAGCAGAUUCAGGGUAGCGUCUUCCCAUAGCAUUUAAAUUCGACAUAUUAACACAGCCAGUUUCUCUGCGCCAAGAUCCUUCUAAAAUAUCGUGAUCCACAUUUUCAGAAUCAAAAGUCCCAUGUGUGUUGUACAGUGAUCUCGAUUGACUAUUUGGCCUUAAAAAAUUAUGGAGGUAUACGCACGCCAUUACAACAACUUCAGCAUUAAAGGGUAGGAUGGUUAUGGGAGUUCGGAAUAUACGAAAUACAACACCUAAGAUACCAAACACAUUUUCGACAAUUCUUCUAGCUCUUGACAAUCGAUAGUUGAAAAUGCGUCUUGUUGUACCAUUUUUGCGUACUAAUAAUUAAGGAUUCAUGUCUAACAGAUGUUUGAUAUAAUACAAUACGUGUUUUAUACUUAGUAUAUUCGUAUUAUAAUAAUUGACUUAAUAUUUAUAUCAUUAUUUUUUCAGAGUCCACAAAGCCAAAACUCGAUUUCGUCUCCGGAUGAAGAUGUCGUUCUACAUUCUCAAUCUACCGUUCCGGAAUUUCAAUCUCCUCAUCAACUAGAAUCGCAAUCUACCAUUGUUCAAGCAGAGCAACCCACAAUCCCUGCACUAGGCUCGUCGAAAAAAUAUCGAUACAUCGAUAUAUCGAUAUUAUUUUUUCAAUGUAUCGAUAUUUUUGAGCGAUAUUUAAUGUUUCGAUGUAUCGAGGUAUCGAUAUAAAAUUACAAGUAUUGAAAAGGUAUAAAAAUCGAUAUUUUUUAUAAUUAAAAAUCCUAAAAAAGAAUACUUUUUUUAUACUAACAUUUUUAACAAAUUACAUUUUUUUUGUCUUUGGUCGACUCGAUUUACUGCGUUUUAAUUUGGUACUUAAGUUGGCAACUCUGUCUGUCAAUUUUAUUUCAGUGUCAGUGUCUGUGCUUCAACUAUCCGUCUGUUAUCGGUAAUUCCGUAUUAUAACCUCAACGCGAGCGUAUUUCUGCCUGCACUUGAGUUGAUUAUAGUUCUCAAACAAUCUAACUAAUUAAAUCAAUAAUUAAUUCACGUAUGUGAACAAAAUAAUUCGAGCAUUCCAGUCAUGUCUAGUGUUGUAUGGAACUUUUUCAAAAAAAUAGACAGACAAAACUUUUCAUGUAAUGUGUGUGGGAAAAUAUAUAAAACCAGUGGCAAUACGACGAAUUUAUCUACACAUCUUAAAAAUAAGCAUCACCAUGCGUUUUUGCAACUUAAAAAUAAAAGCUCAACGUCAAGUGAAGUGAAUAUUACACCAAGAACAAGAACUAGUUCACCUGUUUCGUCUACUAAUUCAACUAUUACCAAUACUAAUAAACCUGCUGAGAUAGAAAAUAACUUCAUGGAAUUGUCUGAAAUUGCGAUUUACGAUGAUACUGGUACUGAAUCCUCCAAAGAUGGUCAGAGUAAAGGCUUGUGGAAACAGACUACACUCAUAGAUGUGUUUGAAAGAAGUUCAAGCUAUGAAGCAGGGGGUCAUAAAACUAGCCAAAUAAAUCAAGCUUUGAUCUACAUGAUUUGCAAAGACAACAUGCCUCUAUCUUGCGUAGAAAAAUCAGGAUUGAAAAGAUUUAUGAGCGUCAUUUGUCCACGCUAUAAAAUUCCAUCACGAACUACUAUAACUGGCCUCAUGGAACAACGAUACGCCACUACCAAAGCCAUUUUAAAACAAAAAUUAAGUGAGAUAAAUAAUAUUGCUUUAACAAGUGAUAUAUUAACUCUUAUUAACUCGACACGAAGUUUCAUCGUAGUGACAGCACAUUUUCUUAACACAGCUAAUAACUGCACUCCUGAGCAUGAGAUGGUGACAUUGACAGCACGAAGAAUGUAUCAGGCGCACACAGCUGAUUAUAUAAAAGAAUGCUUUGAAAAUAUUACCGACGAGUUUACAAUAGAAAAGGAUCGCAUCUUAUCAAUUACCACUGAUGGUGGUGCUAACAUGGUUGCUGCAGUGAAGAAAUUUUUGGAAGAUGGAAAAAGAAUUCCUUGCAUGGCGCAUUUGCUGAAUUUAAUAGUGGAUGGCGCAACAAGAGAUAAUGCAUCAGUUCUGCAAAUUGCCAAUCGUGUCAAAGCCAUUGUUACAUAUUUUAAACAAUCUGUGAACGCAAUGGACGAUUUGCGAGCAGAACAAGAGGGACAAAAGAAAGAGGGAGAAGUGUUAACACUUAUACAAUCAGUAAGCACAAGGUGGAAUUCUUGUCUUGAUAUGUUGGAAAGAUUCAACACAUUAUCAGCUAUUGUGGCUAAGAUUUUAGCAACUAGGCGGAAUGCACCUGAUAUGAUAACUUCUUCAGAGUUAAGUGUCAUACGAGAUCUGAUAAUAUUGCUUACCCCAUUUAAGCAAGCUACUGAAGAAAUUAGCGGCGAUCAGUACGUGACUUCUAGUUUGGCGAUUCCCAUUGCAAACUUACUUCAGAAAGGACUUGAAGAAGUAAAACCUUUCACCGAAUUUGGCGUUGCUGUUCAGAAGAGUUUGCUAAACUUAGUUAUUGCCAAACUAGAACCACUAGAGCGACAUUUACAUCUUGCUAUAGCAACAAUUUUAGACCCUCGCUUUAAGCGUAUUCAUUUUAAUUCAGCACUAGCUGUUUCCACUGCAAUAACCGCAUUGUCAAAAGAAAUACGUUUAGAACAUAGACGUAGAGGACAACUUUCGCCUGAACUCAGACCCACAACCACUACCAUAAUUCCAAAUUCAGAAAAUUCUUCGCCGUCGUUGUGGUCCGGACAUGAAAAAAUUAUGAUAAAUAUUGCUGCAGCAGCCUCCAGUUUACUUUCAACCAGUGAUGGUAUGCCUAGCGAACUAAAGCAAUAUCUAGAUCAGCCUAUAAUACCCAGAAAAGAGAAUCCAAUAAAAUUCUGGUUUGACUGUCGUCAUUUUACCCCAGUCCUUUCCGACAUAGCCCUGAAGUAUUUAAUAUCGCCUGCGUCCUCGGUUUCCUCAGAGAGAGUGGCAUCCGCUGUAAAUCUCGCAGUACCAAAUAACAGAAGUCGGCUUACAGCCGAGCAUAUAAACCAAAGGGUUUCAGUAUCAGAUAAAUAUUGGUUUAAUUAAUAAAUAUUAUAAAUAAUUAAUAUUUUUUAUUGUUGUCCUUGAUUUGAAAAAAUUAAAAAUGAUGUCUAUUGAUUAGUAUUUAUCUAGUAAUGUAAGAUGAUUGAAGUAGAUUAGGCUAAAUAUUUUUUUUUCCUAUCACACCGAUAUAUCGAUAUAUCGAUAUUUUUAAAUAAAAAUAUCAAUAUCGAUAUUGAUAUAUUCAAAAAUUAUCGAUACAAUAUAUAUCGAUACUUUAUUGCAUUUCCGACAUCCCUACCCUGCACCAACACCUUCAUCGUCGCGACCAACUCGGAAGAAGAGCCACCCCGAUGAAGAUAGAUUGGAGGAGGCUUAUGAAGUUCUGCAUGCUGCUAAAAACAGAAUGAUGUCCCGAGAUGAAUUCGAUGUUUAUGGACAGUACGUAGGAACUGAGUUACGUGCAUUAAAUGACGAACACAGUGUAAUUAUGGCUUAAUAUUAUAUUAAUAAUAUUUUAUUAGAUGCACGCUUAGGAAAAUACCGUACAAGUUAUAAUAAUCAAAGCCAGUCAGUUGUUCAACAGGGCUAUAGCACUGCAUCCAGUGAUAUUAGCCCCGAGCCUUCUGAAGAGCAUAUUAUACAAAAUAUACUUGCAAAUAUGGAUUCCUCGAGCACUAAUAGCAUUGAUGGCACUAAUACUAAUUAAUUUACGUUGAUCGUUAUAUCCAUCUCGUACUCUUUAAAAUUUAUUUUACUGAAGAUUAAAAUACAAUUAUAAAUAAAAUGUAUGCGUUUUCUUCAACUUACCUUUACAAAUAUCUUCAACUUUUUUAUCAGUUCUUUAUAAACUUCUGGUACUAUUUUACGUAUUAGUUGAUUUGACACUCGAAAAGUGUACGACAAAGAAGCAUAAGAAUCUCCAGUCGACAAGUACCUCAAUGUAAUGGCUAGUCUGAUAUGAGGACUAAUAGCGUUCCGUAAUAUUGUAUCCUGUUUGGCUAUGGAAGGUGCGAUCAUUUGCAAUAAAGUUUCAAAAUCAGAUGAUGACAUGCGAGUAAAAUUCACAAACGAUCCGUCAGACAUUCGGAGAUCACUUAGAAUAUUAACUCUUCUUUCUCGUUGUAAUAAGAAAUUCCGCAUCCACCACCUUCUCUUUCUCUUACGUUUCAAUACACUCGAUAUAAUUACUAUGUACGCAGCACUAAUAGCCACAACCUCCUCGGGCAACAUUUCUAUAAACACUGAGAAGUGUGGUCGACAAAAUGUUCCGCGACAUGUAUGUCGGCACAUUCCACGUAGUUGUUGAGGAACAUGUUCCGCAACAUGUUGCUCCAUUUGUCCCCUAGUGUAUCCGUGGCUUUAAAAAUAUUCAACAAAGACAGUGUACUCAGUAUAUACCUAUAUCAAGAAACCAAUGGGAUCAAGGCCAUCAAGGAUAUUUAAGUGGUACAGCAUCCUCAAAUGCGCAAUCGUCAACAUAUGGACAUUCUACAGCUGCUAGAUCGGGCUAUGCAAUAAGUCGUCCACAGACGUCUUCUCAUGAUUUUGGACACGGUUCUGGUUUAGAGCCAAUCCACUACCGACCCGAAUCACAAUUAUCUGUACAUAGUGUAAAUGCGGAAAGUAUCUCGGCAGAUUCUCAAGUUUCUAUUGAAGACGAAUUCGAUUUUAGUACCGCACUUGAGUAGCAUUUUCAGCGUAGUGUAUUUUUUGAUUUACUUGUUCUUAAAUUAAUAGUUAUUAAAAUUCAAUUACAUGUAAUAAUUUUGUUUGUGUGCAAUAAACAAUUUUAAACUAAAAUAUGUCAUUUAAUUUUGUACCUACUUACCUCAGAGUUACAGCCAAUCUUUCUGCGGGCGAUAUACUCUCUCGCAUAAAAGUAUCUUGAUGUUUUAGUUCCUGGGAUAAUUUUUGGAGCAAGUUGUCGAAUGUAGUUUUCUGCAUUCUAAAAUAAUUGUAAAACUUGUCUUCAUCUUCUCUCAAUUGAUUCUUGACAAGUGUAUGAAACGCGCCAUAUUCCUCCCUUUUUACUAAAAUCGGAUGUAUCCAAAACCUUACUUCCCUUUUUUUUUCUAUUUUCUUUUUCCUAUAUAUGUAAUAAGCAACUAUAAUCUUUUUUUUCGUAAGAAAAUUCAUGACGCAGCACGUCCUACACAGCCCGAGUAAGGGCUCCCACACAAAACCGCGAAUUCGCAUCGCAUCGCAAAUAUCUGCGAAUUCGCACGAACGCAUCGCAAGAAUUUCCGAUCUGCUUCGCAUCGCACAUUCCUGCGAUGUUACGUCAUCCUUGGUGACGCCAUUUUAGUCCGCUCUCAGACAGCUUUAGAGAAAGACGCGCGGGGACUGCUCCGCCUUCUUUGUUUAUAAAAAAAUGGCGGAAUAUGAUAUAGAUUUUUUAAUAUCUUUAAUUGAGGAGCGUCCCGUCCUUUGGGACACAAGUGAUGAACAUUAUAAAAUAAAUUUAUUAAGCAAGAUGCGUGGAAGAGCGUCUGUGAAAGUUUGUUUCCAAAUUUCCAAGACAAAGAAAACAGUGAAAAAACAAAACUUGGUAAGUACUUUUAAAAAUUUCUACAACAAUUCAAUCAAUGCAUAUAAGUAUGAAUUAAAUAGCGUGCCCGCAUGUAAGAGGGCUUCCAGAAUCUGUCGCGGUAUUCGUGAUGAGCAUCGACUAAUGUUGUGUUUCUGACCUAUUUUAAUUUUCUUUUAUAUGACAUUAACAAUUAUUUUGUUUGCUUAUAAAGUUGAAUUAUGUCUUUUUUUAAAUAAAUUACGUUUUAAAAUUGUUAUUACUCAUUUCUGAUGUUUGUCCUAUGCCCAUUAUUUAUCUUGAAGUACCUACUGUAUAUCUAUUUAGAACUAAGCAAGUACUUCUAUAAUUUCAUUUUUUUUUUAAUUGCCA